UUUCAUCAUUUGCAAUGUUUCUAGUUGCAUCUUUAAUGUUUUGCUACUAUUUAUUAUGUCUUGUCAAAAGUAGAGGUUUUUACCAAGGUGUUUUCGCCUGCGGCCGCCAUAUGUUUUGCAUUUUUAACAAGAAAAGUGCUUUUCAAAAACGGCAACAGCUGACGUGUUUUGUUCGUGCUGAGGGGGCAUGUACACCUGUCCGUUUUCGACUGAGGCGGGCACAUGUUUGCAAAUGUUUCCAAUGGAAGCACUGCGCUUUUUUAAAAAACGUCAGCAGCUGCCGAGUUUUUCCAACUAAUAUUUUUAAGUUGAAUUAACUCAAAAUUCUAAGGCAACCAGGUAACUUACUUUAUUAAGUUGAGCCAACAAAUGUUAAUGACUGUUUGGAGAUCAGUCUCUUCUUACGUGCUCAUCCUCAUAUGCUAUUACUAUUAUUAGUAUGCUAACAUGUGCUUAUGCUAAUUAGUAUAGAAACUGGCAUUUAUGAAGUUGGUUUAACAAAACAUUUUUUGUUUAAAUUAACUUGUUUUUUUUCUUGUUGCACAAGCCUGAACUAAUUUUGUCGAAAAGUUUUCCUUAAUUAAAUUAUGUUGAUUGAACAAACUAUUUUUUAAAAUAAAUGGUCUGGAUUUAUAUUGUUAUUGUGCAUUUAAUUGUUUUUUGUCAUGUCAGCUGAUCUUUAAUACUAAAUGUCUUAGUUGAAGUUUACAAAGACAGAUAAGAAAAUUUGCGUUGACGUAUAAAGUCCAAAGUUUGGCCAUAAACCAACAAAGAAUAUUAAAACCUUUUCUCAAUGAAACUUUACUCUCUUGUCUUCGAUUCGGCACAGCUAGAAGUGUGAAAUGGCUCAACAUGAAUACAAAAAACUUAGUUACAAAUGCUUCACAUACAAAGGAAUGGUAUUUCCAAUAGAUGUUUUUCACAGGAUGGAUGGUCGGUGGAUGUUGGUUUGACCACAUCAGAGGAUGGAUCUCAAAUAAAGACAAGUACAACAUCUUGUUCUUGACUUAUGAAGAGAUGAUCAAGGACCUCAGAUCUGCCGUUGUAAAAAUCUGUAAGUUUGUGGGGAAGAAUCUGUCAGACGCAGCGAUUAAUAAAGUUGUGGAAAAAACAACGUUCAACAACAUGCAGAAAGACCCCAAAGCCAACUACGAAUUCCUGCCAGAGAACGUCACAGAGCAUCCAAAAGCACUAUUCGUGCGCAAAGGAACAGUUGGGGACUGGAAGAACUCAUUAACCGUAGCUCAAAGUGAACGUCUCGACCAGGUUUUCCAUGACAGAAUUAAAGACCUUCAUCUUGACUUUAACUGGGACCUACAUGGCUGAAAUUAUGCCAUAAGAUGUUAUAAAUCUACAAUAAAAUGUGAUCUAGUACGCAUUGUGACCACCAUGUGACUGCAUGCUUUAGUUAUACAUCCAUAUAAAAAAUCUGUAAGAUAAGAGAAU